AUGGCCGCACUUUCUAAUACCCGAUGGAUCGGUGCUAUUGUUAUAGCGUGUGUGAUCUGCCCAGUCUUGUGCAGCAAUAUCCUAAUUCUCCCUGGCGCCCCGUUCGGGAAUUUCUACAUUACUAUAUCGAGAUUUGGAGAACUGCUGGCCAUGAGAGGUCAUAACGUUACCGUGUUGAUAAAUGAUCUCUACUACCAAAGAUUUGCAGGACUGAUCAAAGAACAACGAACAUUUAUGAAUUUUGAAGACUAUGAAUCCGGCUUCAAUGAAUUCCCCGAUGCAUACAACCGAGUCACAAAAAGUGCACAUAUUGCACUAACAAUUUCUGAAAUACUUCGCAUUUUUUAUGUUUUGGCAGAUGAGACGGAGGCUUUUAUUCAAGACAGUAACAGCAUAAAACGCUUGAAUGCCGCGAACUUUGAUCUAAUUCUUGCUAAUGCCUUUAACCCAGGCUUCGCUCUAAUUGUUGAUACAUUGCGUGUACCGUUCGUCAGUGUCUCCACCAUGAGAGCUUUACCGAUGAUAGACGAUUUACUUCAUGGUUUGACUUCAAACCCUGCAUAUGUACCAGCGGUAAAAACAGGAUACUCAGAUGAGAUGACGUUUUCUCAGAGACUGGGCAAUACAUUUGCAUACCUUGCAUCGGCUGCAAUGUUUGAGUUUCUUUUGCUAAAACCAUUCAAAAGUAUACAGCAAAGGCAUAACAUCCGACCAGAGCUUUCAUACAGGAGUUUAUGUAGAAAUUCGGAGUUAGUACUUUUCUGUUCUGAUUUUGCCUUCGAUUAUCCCCGCCCUAUGAUGCCGCAUGCUAUUUAUAUUGGUUCAUUAACAGCAAGAACCCCAGACCCUCUUAGUCAG